AUGGGCCGUCCCCGAAAGAGGCGGCAUGUGGAUAUGGACGAUAAGGCAACUCUACCAGCACCGACCAUUUCCCAGCCACCAGAGGAAGCCCUUCUUUUUCUCCAGCCAGAUGAUAAUAUCUCCUAUGAGCACCAGAAUCAGACGCAAACCACCGGAGACUUGCUUCUUAAUCUCAACUUCCUGGACGAUCCAGCUAAUGCAAAUGCCGAUACAUGGGACUUGCAAUUUAGUCAUGACACGUUUUCUUUCAAUCCGCAGAUCGCGGAACCCCAAGGCUUACUCGUUGACAAUGCGACAUUGCCUACAUUGGAUCUGAGUGGUGUUGACCUUCUCGGUAGCAUCAAUUUUGGCGAGACAGACGCUCCGCAAGAAACAAUUUCGAUGGAUCUCAGCAACACGCUUCAGCAGUACCUAGCAGAUCAGAUUGAAUCCUCAAACCCAGGAUUAAAACAGAACUCGGACACGCCGACACCACCUGACUCUAGCGAAACUGAUGCCUCUGUUGAAUCCACUGAGAGUGUGAUUAGAACACCGACCCCAUCUAUGCGACCUGUACCUACAGUGUCUUGCGGCUGUUUGUCAUCACUUUAUUUAGCUCUCGAGUCUCUUGGAAAUCUGCCGGCUGAGGUCAUACCAGCCAUGAAAGUCGCACGGAAUGCAUCCAGAGUUGCUCACGAUGUUAUCAGAUGCACUGUCUGUUCUGCAUCUUUGCUUGACGAACCCGCUAAGCCUCCUCCCAUACAAUCCUUCCAGAACCUCAUGCUUCUUGGCGCUCUGGUACCAUCUGCAUGCAAUGCCUACGCAAGGAUUCUAGAAAUGGUAGAUGAAGAGACUGCGCUCGCCAAGCUGCAAGGACGCACCUUUUGGUUUUCAUUCAAAGAAAUCGGUGGUCUCUGGGGUUGCAUUGGGGGUAUGCCUAGGGGCUGCACGACUUAUCAAAGCUACAACAACAAGAACAUGCCUCCCGACAUGUGGAGAAUGACAAUCAGGGGACUUCUGCGCCUCGACGUCUACGGGUUGGAUGAGAAGGACCAGGAGAUCCCAGGCGCGAUGACCUAUCGACAACUUGGACUCAAAGAUGUCGUUGGGCAACUUGAGGAGAGAAGCAAAAAGAGACAUGAUGCUCUUGACGCACUUCAUGCUGCUGGGCACACACAUGAAGCGGCUCGUGGAGUUAUUUACCCGACUAAGGCUUGUUCUCCAGCAGAGCGCAAUUGUACCAAAGUCCUCGAGACAGCACGUAUUGCCCUAGAAAAUCUAGUUAUCGCGUAG